CCUUCAAACAUUUGACAGCUUGAAAGAAGAUAAUUUUUCUUAAAAAAUGCUUUGUGUCGUGGAAAAAAUAUUUAUUAAAAAUUAAAUUUUCAUUAUGUUUAAUAAAUUUUAAAAAUGGUGUUUUAGUAAAUAACAUAUUUUAAAUAAAUUUAUAUCUAUUUAAAACGAAAGGAUUUUUUUGAAAGAAAAAAGAUGGCAAGUAAUUUGUAUAAACCAUCAAUGCCAGAAGAUUUUUUUUCCACGAACAUUGAAAAUGUUUGCCGUAUUUGUUUACAAACCGAUGUUCCAUUAACAUCAAUAUUUCGUGAUGAAGUCGAUGAAAUGAUUUCAGAAUUUUUACCAGAUAAAGUCGAUUUGCAAGACAAUUUUCCACAGCAAAUAUGCAAAAAAUGUUUAGAUGAUGUUAAAGUAGCAUAUGCCUUUAAAAAACAGGCUGAGUAUUCUCAUGAAGUUAUUAAGAAAAUGUUAGACGGUAAAAGAUUACCACGGUCAUCUAAUAAAAAAUCGUAUCAGGAAAUCAACGAAAAUAAUAUAUUUCGAACUAAAAGCUUGCCUAGUGAUCCAGUUAAUGGUACUCCAAGUUUCGUGUGUCAUAUUUGUGACAGAACUCUAUUACGAAAAAAUAUUUUAAAGAAACAUUUGCAAAGAGUUCAUAAAUUUUUUGACUUUGAGGUGUAUGGCGACUUAUUUGCAAAUUCUAUUAAUAGGAACGCUUCCAAAACCAUUAAAAAAGAGGAAAAUGAAAGUUACAUUGAAGAAAUGACUUUCCCUAUACUUCCUCAAGUAAUUAUGGUGGAUGAUGAUAACGACAUGCACGCUGAUGAAAAUGAAGAAGAUGCACGUUCUAUUGAAGAAAAAGAUGAUCCAUUCAAAUCGUACAAUGAAGAUAUUAAUGAUAGUUCUAAUAAAUUACUUCUUAGCACACUCAUUCAAGACCAGCAACAAACUACAUUUGAAUGUCACAUAUGUUAUAAACGACUAACACGACGCUAUUAUCUUAAAUGCCAUUUGGAAAGAGUUCAUCAGUUUUAUGAUAUAGAUUCUAUAAAACCAAAAUUGGUACCAUUGAAAAAUUCAAGAAGCAAUGAUCAUUCAGAACAUAGACCUAGACCGUCAAUGGGAGCAUCAAAAUCAACAGCAGGAGUACCAUCAAAAUCAUCAACAAGUACACCAUCAAAAUCCUCAACAGGAUCAGCAUCGGCACAUUCUUUCCAAAAACCAGAAAACGUAAGGCAUGAAAAUAAUACGCCCAGCUUUCCGUGUCGUAUCUGUAAAAAAACUUUAUCGCGACGAUAUGGUUUAAAAAAACAUUACGAACUGGUUCAUAACAUUGUUGAAAAUGAUAGACCGAUUGAUUUAACAUAUGACGGCUCUAGCGAUGAUCAUGAAAAUCAUACACCAUUGAAAAGUUUUAAAGGUCCAAAGCAAGAAAAAAUAAAGACAGAAAGCAUUCCAAAUUCGAAAACUAGAGCAAAAGUUGUUAAUGUAUAUAUUUGUCAUAUAUGCGAAAAAGAAUUUUCUGGCCGUGCUACAAUGAGAAGACAUUUAAAAAAUGUUCAUAAAUACCAAGAUUUUGAGGAUAAUAUUUGGCUUUCAAAAGUUUAUCAAAAAACUGUAGAAGUUGAAGAAGAAGUAGAAGAAGAACCAGAAAAUGUAUAUGCCCCAGAGGUUGAUAAUGAAUUUGAUCAGAGUUACAAAGAAGAUGAAGAUAUUGACAUGCAUGCAUAUUUACUUUGCCCCGAAGUGGUAUUAACAACUGGCGAUGAAAAUAACCUCAUGAUCAACAAUGUUAAACAUGCAGGCAACAAUGAUGGUAAUUCAUCAAGCGUUGGAUCUACAAGUAAAGCCGCUCGGGAUUAUAAUACAGAAGGUAGCGAUAAUUUUAAAAGUGAUGUUGAAGUGAAAAAAACUCCGAAUAAAGUUGAACCCAUAAAACUAAAACUAGACGUACUUGCGAUCAAAAAUAUCGAAAAACCAUCAAAUCCACCAAAAAUUUACAAAAAUUCUUUUGCUUGUCAAUUUUGUAAAAAGCCGUUUAACCGUUACGAUCAUUUAAAACGUCAUGAAAGAACACACACAAAACCAUUUAGUUGUCGAUUUUGCCGUAAAGGAUUUUAUCGUCAAGACCUUUUGCUCAGGCACGAAAAAGCAGCACAUACAAGAUUAUUAUUUAUAGAGCAACGGAAUAAAGAGCAACUGCAACAACAACGGGAUACAGAACAGAACAUUAAUUUUAAUUUAGAUGAAAUGAAUGCUAAUAAUGAAGCUAUGAAUGCAAAUAAUGAAGAAUAUGAUUCUCAAGAACCAAAUUUCGAUAAUGAAAAUUCAAUGGAAGAUAACGAAAUUGACAAUUUCGAUGAUGACGAUGAUGAUAUUGAAGAUGAAGAGGACGAUCAAAAAAAUUUUGAAGGGAGCGAACAAAAUUCAAAUCAUGCUAGUAGUGUAUCCGAUGCUAACAAAGAAGAUUCAAAUCCGGAUACUGUUGAAAGUAAUUUCAAAGAUGCUCAGCAAAACGAUGAUAAUUCAAAUUCAGAUGCUAUGAAAAAUAGUAUUAGAAGCGCUCAGGAUGGUGAGGAGGCAAAUGAUCAACAAAAUUCAAAUUCAUAUAUGGAUUUUGACUGGAGUCAUAUAAUUUGUUUAAAAUCUAAUGAAGGAUAUUCUUUACAACAUGAUUCAAAUUAUAUCUUAAUUGAAAAAUUCCAAUUUGUAACUCAACUGAAGAUAACAAAAAAUGACGGAAUGCCCCUUUUAUUUUGCAAUAAUUGCGUAGCUAAACUAAAAGUUUCAUAUGAUUUCCGUCGGCUGUGUUUGAAUUCAGACUUACAAAUGAGAGCAUUUAUAAUGAAAAUUAAUAAUGAAUUUAGGCAAUUCAAAAAUAAUGCAGUAAAAAUAUCAAACGAUAGUGAGUAUAGUGAGAAUGAAAUGUCGAUUUUAAUCGAAGAAGGUUACAAAAAAGAAAAUUAUAUGAAUGGCACAAACCCGCACAAGGAGGAAUACAUUAUCGAGCAAUCAAUUUGUGAUAAUGCAAUUACACCUUCAAUCCGGAAAAAUUCAAUUUUAGAAGAAAAUAAUUUUAAUGAAGUAACAGUAAAUUCAUGUAAAAAUACGGAGCCAAUAACAACUCCAUUACAUUUAACAUCAGCAGUUCAAGUAUCGGCAAAUAUAGAUGAUUUUACAAAGUAUAUUCAAGAAGAUGAAACAGAAGAAGAAGAAAAUAAUGAAAUGCAAUCAAAUUGUGAGCAAAAUAUGCGCGAUGAUUAUUUAAUAGAUUCCAACGAAGAAAUCCAAAUGGAACUACAAGAAGAGAAUAAUAGAAAUAACGAUAUAGAAGACGAAAAUAGUCUGGAGCAGGAUGCCAUUGCCGAAGAAAUUCAGUUAAUUGAUGAUAACAGUCAGAACAAUAAUUCAGUAGAUAAUGAAGAUACAGACGGAAUUUUGGGAAAUAGUUCAGAAAUUUUGUUUAUACAAUCAGAUUCCCAAAUACAAGAAGCCUAUAGGAUAAAUGAUAUAAUGGAACUACCAGUUGAGGAUCAAAAGCAUUUUCUGAGAAACGAUCGUCAUCGUUUGAUUGAAGUUAAAUCACCAAUAAAUGAAACAAAAGAUGAAAUUUUUAACAAUGCAACAGAUUCAAAUAAUUCAGACGAAUUAAAUAACAUGAAUUCACCCAUAAAAAAAUAUACUAAAGAGAUAAAAAUUGGGGUUUCUGAUUUACAAAGAAAUAUUAACCGGACUCAUAUUUGUAUCAAGUGUGAUAAAGAUUUUAGUACCAAAACGAAUCUAAUGAGGCAUAUGCAAACUCAUGACGGAAUCAAACCUUUCCAAUGCAAUAUUUGUGGUAAUGGCUUUACUCAGAAUGGUUCUUUGAAAUCUCAUAUGUUAAUACACACGGGAGAAAGGCCACACCAAUGUAACGUUUGCGGGCGUGGUUUUACGCAAGCAAAAUCAUUAAUCUUCCAUAUGAGGCGUCACACUGGUGAAAAACCUUUCUCAUGUUCAAUUUGUGGUCUGAGUUUUCGUCAAAAAGAUGGACUUAAGCGGCAUGAACAAAUCAAACAUGCGAAUAUACCACCAGAAAAUCAUACAUGUACCAUUUGUAAUAGAACUUUGCAUUCAAGAUAUUCUUUACAGCUUCAUAUGAGAAAACACAAUUUAAAUCAAAGUGAAUCACGAACUUUAGAAUGUUCAGAAUGUGAUAAGAAAUUUCAGAGUAGAUUUUCGUUAUCUGAACACCAACGUACUCAUACUGGGGAGAAACCUUUCAAAUGUGAGGGUUGUGAUAAGGAAUUUUCUCGCAAAACUUCAUUGCUAACUCAUUUGAAAACACACCAGGAAGAAAAUCACUUUAAAUGUGAACUUUGUUCAAAAGAGUUCUUUAGUUUAAAAGAGUAUGAAAUACAUGCAACUAAUCAUGAGAGUUCUUCAAGUAGCAAAAUAUUUCAAUGUGGAAAAUGCUUUAAAAGUUUUUCAAUAAAGAGAAAUCUUCUACAACAUUUAAGGAAUCAUAAUAUGGGUUUAACGGAUUUAUAUAAGUGCAAUGAUUGUUCUAUAGGCUUUAAUACAAAACGUGGUUUGAAAUUACAUCGUUAUAAUGAGCACAAGGAGGUUGUUACCGAUUUAAAUGAAUGUGAAUAUUGUAAUAUUCCAUUCGUUAAUGCGUAUGAUUUAAAUCAGCACAUAAAUAAUGUUCACGAUAUUAUUAAUGAAAAAUGUGAAACUUGUUUAGAGCAUUUUACUUCAAAAAAAUUAUAUGAUGAUCAUAUGUUAGAGCACGAAGUAUUAACUAUAACAUAAACAGUAUGCUAUUAGAA